AAGAAGUGGCAGGCCUAUCCCCUCCCCCUUCCUGAACGGUUGUUUGUUAAAACUUUACAACCGGGAGCUGUGUUUAAGCAGACGAAGCGGUCGAGCGUUGAAAGGAUGUCUGCCGGCCCAGCUCCCCCUGCGAGUAACGGUCGCAGCCCCGAGGAAGCUCGCGACUUCUACCAGCUCAAGCAGCGCGCGGCCGAGUACUACAGGAGCAACUUGGUGCCGCAAAGGAUGCAGCAAGUGCUCAACAGCAUGUUUUAUGACAAUCCCGACGAUGUUUACGGACACCUGGCAAAUUACUUUGCUAGCUUUGCAAAGCCAGCUGCAAUAAGCAGGAUUGUUGGAAAAGAGAAACUAGAUUCAGAGGGCCAACGAACAGUUCAAGUGGAAGUAUUAUGCACUAUCAAGAAUUUGGAGAAGAGCAUCUGUUUUACUACAAUGUCUAAUUCUUGUCAUGAUCCUAACUACACUACCUUCGGUACCAUGGAUAAAGAAAUUGAGCUAAAGAAUCUCAGUGUUCAGAUUGCCUUGGAAUGGAUUAAUGGGCCACUGAAUUCCCUACUAAAAGGGCUUUUGCCAGCCAAUCAGACACAAGUGGACAAAUUUCUGAGUGAAUAUUUUCAAAGAAAAGUAGAAGAAGAUGAAGAGCAAAAGAAAAAAGAUGCUGAAGUAGAGGAGGUUGUACCAGAGCCUGAACAAUCUGUUUCAACCAACACUGUUCCUGUAGUAGACAAGAAAAAAAAACCUCUUAAAGCCAAGAAAAGUAUUGCUCCAGAGAAACCAAUCAAACCCCGCGAGCCACCAGAAAAAUGUUUUCCUGGUGCUGUGGCUAUUGGUGUUGUAUCAUUGGCGGUGGCUAAGGCUGCAGUUAAACUUCAGAAUACGUCUUUGUUUUUACAUAUUGCUGCCCUGAAUCACGACCCCCCAAAAGAAAUGAGAAUGCCAAUUCCUAUGGUAAGUUUACUUAGUUGUGGGAAAUCUUCUGGAGGAAAAUUAAGAUUGAUGAAGGAAGUGAUAGCAGUUCCAAAGCACAGUCUUGGUUAUAAACAGAGCCUGGAGAUGAUGAUGGCUUUUCAACAACAAAUUACAAAACGGAUGUUCUCCCAAAAGUCUCUACCUGUAGCAAUGUCUCACUUAGGCUGCUGGGAGAAAGGAUUUGAACGUACAGAACUGCCUUUUGAGUUGAUAGAAGAGGUUUGUGACACACUAAAAUUGACGCUGGGGGAGGACUUACAUUUGAUGCUGAAUUGUGCUGCUCAUGAAUUAAUGGAUUAUGAGAAGGAGAAAUAUGAAAUUAUAACUGGAGUAUUUAAACACCCAGAUGAAAUGAUAGAACUAUACACAAGCCUGGUUGAGAAGUACCCAUCAAUCAUUGGUCUGAUAGAUCCCCUUCGGAAAGAGGAUGAAGAGCAAUGGUAUAAGCUGUGCCAUCUUCUGAGUCCCCAGUGUUAUUUCUUGGCUGAUGGAGCUUCAAGGUCAAUAGACAAACUCAUAACAAGUGGUCUGGGUGAAAAUCGAUACAGUGGUUUGAUCUUGAAACACACCAAUCAAACCACAAUAUCUGACUUUGUUCAAGUAGCUAAACUGAUGGAAGCCCAAGAUUGCAGAUUUAUACCAAGUCUGACAGAUGCAGAGACCUUGGAUGACAGCAUAGCAGACAUUGCUGUUGGUCUGGGGGCCAGGUUCAUCAAACUGGGAGGUCUAUGUCACGGAGAGCGGGUGGCAAAAUACAACCGUCUGCUGGCUAUAGAGGAAGAAUUGGCUCAGAGGGGAGCAUUGGGUCAAGCAGCUGAACAUCAAUUUCCUGUAAUCAGCAAAGAAGAGCAUGAUCCUAACUCAGCAAGGCCAGGAUCUGAGCAAUUAGAUUAGACUUUAGGUGCUGUAUUUAGAGUUCCAAACACAAGUUGCAUAAUUUCAAAAAACUGUUUAACUUCAUAACGGAAAACAAAAUCUGAUACUUUACAAGAAAAACCUCCCAAAAAAUACAAACAUAUGUAUUGGAAGCUGACCAUUGAUGAAAUUAUAUAAACUAAUUACACCAAUUUCGUAGUUAACAUUUCUAUUAGAUUAUAUUUUCUUAUGAUAGGUGUUCUCCUGAUCAGGGCUCAACAUUGAUACCUGAUUGUAUUUAUGUAAAUGUGAAAGUUGUUUAAAGUUGGAAAUGUUUAUAUUUGUUACAUUUCAGAAAUUUCAGAGCGCAGUUAAAUUGU